AUGACAAACGGCCAUAUUUAUUCCUUGGAUAAAAGUUAUCUGAUGAUUGAAAAAUCGGGUUUUAGUUAACUAAAUAACUACUGAUCAGUGUUCUAUUAAGCAUUUAUUAGUGAGACAGAAAAUAAGAAGUUGGUGUUCUUGACAGCAAUACAGAUAUAAUUUUUCAACAACUGAUACAAGUUUUAUCAGGAAGAAGGAGUUGUUUUAAAAGAGGUCUAAUGCAAGAAGUUUCCAUUCGUAUAUCUUCUGCCACUGGCUAUCAAAAUGAGAUCUGCAAGACGCUCAAAAUUCGAGAAAAACCCUUACGUACAUAGAAAUAUUAAAAAGAAGAAGAGAAAUAAGUCAAAAGGCGGCGGAGCCUUCAACUGGACGGACGAUUUGUCCGGACUUUUUCUGGAACACAUAAACCAAGUCCUUCGUGAGAAUAAAGCUAGACGAGCAGACUGCAAGGGCUCGUGGAAGAUCAUGCCCAAGGAUUCGUGUGAGGUAUACAAGAAUCGUCGUAAGCGUUUUGAAGACAACCGCCAGAAACAGGCUGAUUACGCGGCGUACUCGACUUGCGACACCGACUGCCCCUAUGCCGAGAGAAAGAAGGCCUCACGCAGACGGACAAAGAAGAAAAUACCAACAAGACGAGUCAUCGUAAGAGAUAAAAGAAAGAAAAGACCCCGUUCAGAAUCGACUGCCUCGCAUUCGUCCUCAUCAACAUCAACAAACACCAGUGUUACGGAAAUGGAUUACUAAUAAAAGUUUUAAAUGCCA